AUGUCGCAGAACACCAAACUCACGAAACCCACCGUUCCUUUCUCUGAAGCUCCUUGGAUCCAAGGUCUGCCUUCGUCUGUCUUCACCUCACCCACACACGUGCAGCUUCGCGAGUGGGCACGCAACUGGUGCGACGAGGUGCUGAUCAAGUUGGGCGCCAAGUACGAAGCUGCUGGUGUCAUCACGGACGACGAAGCGUACCAGCGUGCUGCCAAGGAUGGAGUUCUCUUUGCGUUUGCUACCGGUGUCCAUGUGGAUCCGAAGAUUGCGCAGAUCGCCAAGGACGCUGGGGUGGGUUUGCCGGCGGGGAUCAAGCCCGAGGAGUGGAACAAUAUUCAUGACUAUAUCAUUUGGGACGAGCUCAACCGGUGCGCAAGUGGGGUGCUGAUGGGAAUUGUCGCCGGGUUGACGUAUGGAUGUGGUCCCAUCAUGCAUUUUGCCUCAGACGAGCAGAAGCAGCGCUGGUUGCCCGACAUCUUUUCUGGAAAGAAACGCAUCUGUCUCGCCAUUACCGAGCCGCUCGCCGGCAGUAACGUGGCUAAUCUCAGCACGGAAGCCAAGCUGAUCGAAGAGAACGGCAAAAAGUACUACCUGGUCAAUGGCAACAAGAAGUGGAUCACCAAUGGCAUCUACUCUGACUACUUCACCACUGCCGUUCGCACUUCUGGUAAAGCGGGCGAUUCAGCGGGUAUCUCGCUGCUCCUCAUCCCGCGCGGACCGGGUGUUGAGACGAAACAGAUGAAGAUGCUUCCCGACGGCACCUCUGGUACCACCAUUGUCGAGUUUGACGACGUCAAAGUGCCUGUCGAAAAUCUGAUCGGCAAAGAGGGCGAAGGUCUCAAGCUCGUCUUCUUCAACUUCAACCACGAGCGCCUCACGAUCGCCUUCACCGCACUCCGGUACGCACGCGUGUGCAUGGAGGACACCAUCGCCCACACUCGACGCCGUGAAGUGUUUGGCAAGAAACUCAUCGAACAGCCUGUCGUUCGCUACAAGAUCGGAAAUAUGGCGCGCGAGGUUGAGGCCCUCCAGGCGUGGGUCGAGAGCAUUGUGUUCCAGCAGUUGAACCUGACCAUCCCGGAGUCCAACUUGCUGACCGGAGGAACGUGCGCGCUGCUCAAGGCUCACGCAGCCAUUGUGCUCGACCAUGUGGUGCGCGAGGCGGUGCAUCUGCUAGGUGGCAUGGGCCUGACCAAGGGUGGUACGGGCGACCGUAUCGAGCGGAUCUAUCGCGAAGCUAAAGGUCUGACCGUCCCAGGCGGAAGCGAAGACGUACUCAUCGACCUCGGUGUCCGACAGCAGCUCAGACUCGUCGGUCCCAACAGCAAGUUCUAA